GUAUUUUAUGCUUUCUCUAACAUCAAAUUUCUCUUUCUUUGUCUCCCUCUUCUUCACUUAAUCAUCAGCCUAAAGAAAAAAAACCCUUAUAUGCACACACCUAUUUUAUGCUUCUCAUCGCUCCUCAAUCUUCAAUCCCUUCCUGCUCUUCCUUUCGUCGCUAUCGCUUCAAAUUUUUAGAGACUUAAGUUGAUCGAAUUGAACCCAAAUUUGUGGAGUUAAACCCUGAAUUUCGAUGGGUAGAAAGAAGCCAACAGUGAGAGACGACGAGGACGCGCCUGUUGCCGCUCAGGGCGGUGGCGGCAAAUCUAAGAAGAAGGCGGUCGUUAUUGAUGAUGAUGAGUACUCUAUUGGUACUGAACUGUCUGAGGAACCACCCGCUCAGGAAGAGAAGGUGGUGAUUUCUGGGAAAAAGAAGGGUAAAAAGGGAAGUCAGAAGAGUUCAAGAAAAGAUGACGAUGAUGAUGACGACGACGACGAUGAUGAUUUGGAGGAGAAGGAAAAGGAUGAUGUUGAGGCAAUUGAGAUUAGUGGGAAGAAGAAGUCCAAGGGGAAGAAGGGUGGGAAAAGUGUUUUUUCAUCGUCGGCUUUUGGGUUACUUGAAGAGGAAGAUAAGGAAGAUGAUAAUGGGCAUGAAGAUAGUGAGGGAGAGGAUGAUUCUGUAGUUAGUUUCACUGGUAAAAAGAAGCCAUCAAAGAAAGGUGGGAAGAAGGGUGGUAGUUUGUUUACAGCAUCAGCUUUUGAUGUGAUUGAUGGGGCUAGUGAAGGUGAAAGCGACGUUAUUGAUAAUGAUAAUGUUGUGGAGAGUAAAGAUGAUGAUGAUGAUGAUGAUGUGGCGGAAAUUACUUUUAAAGGGAAUAAGAAGUCGAAGAAGGGUGGCAAGAAGGGUGGUGGGAGUGUGUUUGCGGCUUCUACAUUUGCUGGGCUUGAUGAUGAUGAAGGUGUUGAUGAGGAGGAGAGGAAAGACGAGGAUGACGAUGUUGGACAGAUUGCUUUCUCAGGGAAGAAAAAGAAGUCAUCGAAGUCUUCCAAGAAAAGUGGUGUUUCAUUUAGUGCAGCAUUGCUUGACAAAGGAAAUGAUGAUGAUGAGCCUACUAAAGUCGCGGAUGAAGAUGAACCUGUAAUUUCAUUUACAGGUAAGAAGAAGUCUUCUAAGAAGAAGAGUAAUAGUGCUUUUGCUUCAUUGGGGGAAGAAUCUGGACUUGGGAGUGAUGUUACAGAUGCAGUUGAACCAGAGCAACAGAGUAUGGGAACUAGUUAUGUUGAGUCUAAUGAUUCUAAAGUUAGUAAGAAGGAAGAGGUGGCAGAGACUUCAAAGAGUAAGAAGAAGAAAAAGAAGAGUGGAAGGACAGCUCAAGAAGAGGAUGAUUUGGAUAAGAUCCUUGCCGAGCUUGGUGAAACGCCUGCCAUGGUGAAACCCACCACUACUCCUCCACAAGAGGAGGAAGUACAAGUUCAGCCUCAUGUACCGGCUGAAUCAGCUCAACCAGCAGAUGCUGCUGAUGAGAAGGAAGGAGAGGAAGAAAAAGAGGAGUCUGCUGCUGCAAAAAAGAAGAAAAAGAAGAAGGAAAAGGAAAAAGAGAAGAAGGCAGCUGCGGCUGCCGCAGCUGUUGUAGCAGAAGAGAAACUGGAAGCAGAACCCAAAAAGGCUGACGGGAAGAGUAAAGGACCGAAAGUGUCAAAGCAAGUGAAGGAGAUGCAGGAAGCACUAGCUAGACGAAAAGAAGCUGAGGAGAGGAAGAAAAGGGAAGAAGAGGAAAGGAUAAGGAAGGAAGAAGAGGAGCGAAAAAGGCAAGAAGAACUUGAGAGGCAAGCAGAAGAGGCUAGACGUAGGAAGAAGGAAAAGGAAAAGGAGAAACUCUUGAAGAAGAAACAGGAAGGCAAGCUUUUAACUGGGAAGCAGAAGGAAGAAGCUCGUCGGUUAGAGGCUAUGAGAAACCAGAUACUGGCUAAUGCAGGAAUUGCCCUCCCUGGUGGUGACAAGGAAAGUGCAGCACCAAAAAGGCCCAAAUACCAGACAAAGAAGUCAAAACCAACUCACCAUCAAGCAAAUGGUGCUGUGCCUGCUAAGGUGGAGGAGAUUGCAGAAACAAAAGAAAAAGAGCAAGAGCAAGAGCCUCAAGAAACCUUUGGUGAAUUGGAUUCUUUGAAAACAGAGAAGGUUGAAGAAGGGGAAUCAAUGAGUGUGGAAGAGAAACCAGAAGUUGCUGAUGGGCCCAAGCAGGAUGGAAAUGAAGAAGACGAAGAAGAAGAAGAAGAUGAUAUGGAUUGGGAUGCAAAGAGCUGGGAUGAUGUUAAUCUUAAUGUCAAAGGUGCAUUUGAUGAUGAAGAAGUUGAUUCUGGGCCUGAACCUGAAGUAAAGAAGGGGACUACGACAGCCGCAGAUGCAGCCAAGAAAGCGAUGCCUGUGCAAUUGGUGAAAUCUCAGGACACUGAGAAUAAGAAAAGCCAGCCUGAGGUUGAAGUUACAGACAAGACUAAGAGGAAAGAGGCUGGAGCUAAGAAUAAAGCAUCGAAUGCAGAUGCUACCCCUAAAGAGGCAGAAGAGAAUCUUCGUUCCCCAAUCUGCUGCAUUAUGGGCCAUGUUGAUACUGGUAAAACAAAGCUGCUGGAUUGUAUCCGAGGUACUAAUGUUCAGGAAGGUGAGGCUGGGGGUAUUACUCAACAGAUUGGUGCGACAUAUUUCCCUGCUGUGAACAUACGUGAGAGAACCAAGGAAUUGAAAGCUGACGCAAAAUUGAAGGUCCCAGGUUUAUUAGUUAUUGACACCCCUGGUCAUGAAUCUUUUACAAAUCUACGGUCACGGGGUUCAGGGCUAUGUGAUAUUGCAAUUUUGGUGGUUGACAUCAUGCAUGGCUUAGAGCCACAAACUAUUGAAUCACUUAAUCUUUUGAAAAUGAGGAAUACAGAGUUUAUUAUUGCAUUGAACAAGGUCGACAGACUUUAUGGUUGGAAAACUACUCGCAAUGCUCCUAUUGUAAAAUCCAUGAAACAACAAUCAAAAGACGUACAAAAUGAAUUUAAUAUGAGACUUGUACAGAUUAUAACCCAGUUUAAAGAACAAGGAUUGAAUACUGAGUUAUACUACAAAAAUAAAGAAAUGGGAGAGACUUUCAGUAUUGUACCAACAAGUGCUAUUACUGGAGAAGGCAUUCCAGAUCUGUUAUUAUUACUGGUUCAGUGGACUCAGAAAACAAUGGUUGAGAAGCUUACUUUCAGUAAUGAAAUGCAGUGUACAGUGUUGGAGGUCAAGGUAAUUGAAGGGCAUGGAACAACAAUUGAUGUUGUGUUGGUCAAUGGUAUGCUUCAUGAGGGAGAUCAAAUUGUUGUUUGUGGCUUGCAGGGACCCAUUGUUACCACAAUUCGAGCUUUAUUGACGCCCCAUCCAAUGAAGGAACUCCGAGUUAAGGGAACUUAUCUGCAUCAUAAAGAAAUCAAGGCUGCACAGGGUAUUAAGAUCACUGCUCAGGGCCUGGAGCAUGCUAUUGCUGGCACGGGUCUAUAUGUGGUUGGACCUGAUGAUGAUUUGGAUGAUACCAAGGAAGCAGCUAUGGAAGAUAUGAAAUCAGUCAUGAGCAGGAUUGACAAAAGCGGUGAGGGAGUUUGUGUACAAGCAUCUACUUUGGGCUCUUUGGAAGCUUUGCUGGAAUUUUUGAAGACCCCUGAAGUGAAUAUACCUGUCAGUGGUAUAAACAUAGGCCCUGUACAUAAAAAGGAUGUCAUGAAGGCCAGUGUAAUGCUUGAGAAGAAGAAGGAAUAUGCCACUAUCUUGGCUUUUGAUGUCAAAGUGACACCGGAGGCUCGGGAACUAGCGGAUGAACUGGGUGUGAAAAUUUUCAUUGCGGAUAUUAUUUACCACCUAUUUGAUCAAUUCAAGGCUUAUAUUGACAAUCUUAAGGAGGAGAAGAAGAGGGAAGCUGCUGAUGAAGCAGUCUUCCCAUGUGUUCUUAAGAUUUUACCAAACUGCGUUUUUAACAAGAAAGAUCCAAUUGUGCUGGGGGUUGAUGUCCUUGAAGGCAUAGCAAAGGUUGGAACUCCUAUUUGUAUCCCUCAAAGGGACUUUAUUGAUAUUGGUCGAAUUUCAUCCAUCGAAAAUAACCAUAAACCUGUUGACAUUGCCAAGAAAGGCCAGAAGGUAGCCAUCAAGAUAGUUGGUUCCAAUUCUGAGGAGCAGCAAAAAAUGUAUGGCAGGCAUUUUGAAAUCGAGGAUGAGCUUGUCAGCCACAUUUCAAGGAAGUCAAUUGAUAUACUUAAAGCCAAUUAUCGGGAUGAACUGUCUAUCGACGAAUGGAAGUUGGUUGUGAAGCUGAAGAACCUUUUCAAGAUACAAUAAAGUACAUAGUUGAUGAAUGUUUGAGUAGAGUUUUUUUUAUACUCCCAGAGGUUCCUGAUUGCCGGUCGGGGUUUUGUUGGAUGGAAAAAGAUUAAUACUUGAACCACAGAUUAUAUGCAGAUAUUGGAAUGCCAAGUAUUAUUUUCUCUCGGAUGAAGCCUCAAUUAUUUUGCGAUAUACUGGGAAUCCAUUAGAGAUGCCUCCUGAUUCUUUUCAGAUUGUCUUUCGAAUACAACAAUGCGGUGAUAUACAAGAUGCAAAUACGCAAAGCAAGUAUUGAGGGUAAAAAGCUGAGAAUUACCGUUGGCUAAUUAUGUGGAAAAUGUUCAGGUCUUCUUGCAUUUCAAGUUUUGUUAACAAAUUUUUCACUGAAGUUUUGAGAUGAAUAAAAUCUUUAAUGUGUUUU